AUGGCGGCAUCCUCAUCAUCCGACGUCGAGUCCAUAAUGUCCGAUGCGCGCAACCCCGCCAGUCCCCCAAGUUCUCCGCCACCGGACGCCUCCCCCGAAGCAGACGGGGUCGAUGAUGCCUUGCAAAAGCACGAGGACCAGGCCCGUCAGGACAACAUCAAGGCCGAGGAGCAGCGUCGCAAAGCCUCGGACAAGAAACGGAAGAAGAAGAAAAAGGCAGAGACCAAGGCGGAGAGAGAGGCCAAGGCGCGCGAGCUCGACGAGCUCCUCAUGAAGUCCGCCGCAUUCAGUGAUAUUCUGACGAAGAAGACCCAGAUGGCACAACAGCCCAAGUGCCUCGUGGGCGGCACCAUGCGCGAGUACCAGCUCGAAGGCCUAACCUGGAUGUAUGAGAUUUGCGCUCAGGGCAUGAGUGGUAUUUUGGCCGACGAAAUGGGUCUCGGAAAAACCGUCCAGACCAUUUCCCUCAUCGCUCUCCUGCGCGAGCAGGAGAACUACCUGGGCCCCCAUCUCAUCGUCGCGCCCCUCAGCACCCUGAGCAACUGGAUGGACGAGUUCCACAAAUGGACGCCGUCAAUCCCUGUCAUCAUGUAUCACGGCAACCAGCGAGAACGCGAGUCCAUCUUCAAGUCGAGGAUGAUGAACAACCUCGAGCAAGGAAGGCCUAACACAAAGUUUCCCGUUGUGUGUACAUCUUACGAAAUGGUUCUCAGAGACCAACACAAUCUGUCGAGGAUAAACUGGGAGUUCAUCAUCAUUGAUGAAGGCCAUCGCAUGAAAAAUGCCGAGUCCAAGUUGUUCCAACAGCUGCGUCAGUUCUCCUCCGCAACGCGACUCCUGAUCACAGGAACGCCCCUCCAAAACAACCUCAAGGAGCUCUGGUCCCUCCUCCAUUUCCUUCUGCCAAACAUCUUUACAGAUUGGGACGCAUUUGAAUCCUGGUUUGACUUUUCCGACCUCGAGAACGAAGAGUCGACCGAAACCUUCAUCGGUGACAGAAAGAACCAAGACCUUGUCAAGAAGAUCCACCUGAUCCUCCAGCCGCUUCUACUCCGACGCAUCAAGCAGGAUGUUGCCGCUUACCUUCCCAAGAAGCGCGAGUACGUCCUCUUUGCUCCAAUGACCAAGGAGCAGACGGACCUGUACAACGCCUUCACGGACGGCGACACCGAUACACGGGCGUACCUUGAGCAAAUAGCCGUCGAGAAGAUGACGAGCUACCUUGCCCCCCCGUCCAAACCUCGUACCGCUGCCAAAAAACAAACGUCCCUCCCUCUUCGCCAAAGCCCAUCGAGCAAGAAGACGGCCGAUCGUCUUGCGCCCUCUGGACCCAACGCAUUCGCCUUGAUGAUGGGCAAGUGCGGACCCGGGCGCCCUCCUCAGAAAACGACGACCGCUGAGCCCCCCGCGCGCGCCGAGACUGCCGAGAGCAAGCUGUUGAAGCGCAAGGCUGCCCCGACUAGCCCUGUUCCCGACCCGAAGAGUGCCAAGUCAAGUAGGGCGUCGACUCCGGCCAGCUCUCGGGGGCGAGGCCGCAAGACGAGAUCGUAUAAGGAUGCUAACACAGAUGAGGAGGAUGCCUUGUCGGACGACGCGUUUGAAGCAAGGCUUGCAGAUGAGCUGGCCGCUGACGAGGUCAAGCAUGAGACGCAGGGGGACGCGAGGUCGCCGGAGGAGAUGAAACUUGCGCAGAGCCUGGAGCUUGCCAAAAAACAGAUUGCUCAGAAGAAACUAGGCAAUCCGCUCGCUCAGCUCCGGCUCGUCUGCAAUUCCCCUCACAACUUCUACAACCCCUGGGCCGCCAAUCCGAACAUCCCCGUCGACGAAUCCCUCAUCACGGCGUCAGGCAAGAUGCUGCUGCUCGACCGCCUCCUGCCCAAGCUGUUCAGGGAGGGCCACAAGGUGCUCAUCUUUUCGCAGUUCACAACGCAGCUCGACAUCCUCGAAGACUACUGCCGCGAACUCCGCGGAUGGAAGGUUUGUCGCAUCGACGGCUCCGUGCAGCAGGACAGCCGGCGGCAGCAGAUCCACGACUUCAACACGGAUCCCGAGCACAGGCUGUUCUUGCUGUCGACGCGGGCGGGCGGGCAGGGCAUCAACCUCGCGUCGGCCGACACCGUCGUCUUGUUCGACAGCGACUUCAACCCGCAGCAGGAUCUCCAGGCGCAGGACCGCUGCCACCGCAUCGGCCAGACGCGCCCCGUUAUCGUCUACCGCCUCGCCACGCGCGCCACCGUCGAGGAAUCCCUGCUCAUGUCCGCCGACGCCAAGCGGCGCCUCGAGAAACUCGUCAUCCGCAAGGGCGGCUUCAAGUCGAUGCACCAGAAGAUGAACAACACCUCGGCCGCCGCCAACGCGGAACAAGACCUUGACCCGGACACGCUCCGCCGCCUCCUCCUCCGCGACGGCCUCGUCUACCACACCUCGGGCGGCGACGACGUCCUUGCCGAGGCGGACCUGCGCGCCCUGUGCGACCGCAGCGACGACGCGUUUGACCGUGCGGCCAGCGGGCUGGGCGACGCGGAUCGGUACCGUGUUGUCGAGACGGGUGCGGAUGCUAUUCGCCUGACGCGCAAGGACUAG